UCGCGUACAGGUGCCUUCGACGACUCAGUGCGCCGGAGCAUUCGAACGGAGCGCACGCACGCGAGCUCAGCCAAAUAUCCCGCAUCGAUAUUAUACACGAUAAUCUUGAACCAGACGAUACACUUACACGUGAAGAUACAGUCAAUCAAAUAAAUGUUAAUGAAGAAGUGGAAGCUGCAAGUGUUAUAGCAGAUAAUUCUCAACGCUGUGAACAGAUAAUUGUUUACAGUACGGGAAAUUACAGCGCUUUAGAAACAAUUAAAACAGUGGACAAUAAAAUUGUGUUCCGAGAAAAUUGUGGAAACUCUUCAACGGUACAAAAUAUAUUGUGAUUAAAAUUUGCGAAUGAAAAGUGAGUGUGGACAGUGAAGUGUCGGACAUUUGAAAGAAUUAAAAGUUGUUGUAGUUUGGUGUAACAUUAUGAAAGUCCUGCCCGUAGCAGACAAAGUUGCGAGUGUAGGAGAUGGCAACGAACCGACUGUAGUUGACACGCAGAUCCUGACCAAGGAGGAACUGAACAAAGGUUGUCCUCUUGGGGUAUCUCGUGUCACCCCGUUCCUGUACGUAUGUGGGGCUCAUGCCUUGCCUGGAGCAGUGAGAGUCUUGCGUCCUGGCCUCAUCGUCAGCGCAGCCCCCGAGCUGCCUCCACCACCUGAAGACUAUGUUCCAAGACAGUUCGUGCCACUGCUGGAUACACCCAACUCUGACAUGCAUCCAUACAUGGAGAGCGUAGCUGACCUGAUUAAUGAGGUGGUCUGUAACGGAGAUGUGGUGCUGGUACAUUGCGUGGCUGGCAUAUCCAGGUCGGUCACUCUCUGCCUGGCGUACCUCAUCAAGUGGCAGAAGAUGACCUUGAGGGACGCCUAUUAUCAUAUGAAGCAAAGGCGACCUCAAAUCCGACCGAACACUGGAUUCUUCAAGCAGCUUAUCAAGUACGAAGAGAGGCUCUUCGGAGAGCCUUCAGUCAAAAUGGUGUACUGCGAAGCUAUCGACAAGGAGAUUCCUGACGUGUAUGAACCAGACUACAUCGGCAUGACUUGGUUCAGGCAGAGAUACGGACCCAUCGAGAAGAGCUGAAGUGUGCCAGAGAUAGUGUUAUAGGUUAGGAAAGAAUAACUGUGAUUAAUUUGUGCGAAGAUGAAAGAAAGGGCAAGGUAAAAGAUGAAGAAUGAUAAAUAUAAGACUGAGGUGAUGAAUGAUAAAGGAAUGAAUGAAAGCGAAUCAGUGUCGUUAAAACAGAUGGGUGAUUACUUUAUGUGCCUAAGGAAGCUAUUAAAAUGAAAUAAAAGAAAAAAUAUUAAGGAAUAUCUUGACAUUUAAGACUAUUCGUUCUUUUACGUUAGGACUUUCUUACAACUUAUUGGUUGAUAAAAACAAUUGAGUAUACUUAAUAUAUUGUGCAUGUAAUUUAUUUAAGCAAUGUGAUAAUUAACUUAUUGUUAUAAAUUAACCAUAAGGUAUUCGUUUACCAUUAAAUUGUAUAAAUAUUAUGGGACCAAAAUAAAUAAGUGGAUAAUUUUUA